AUGGCGGAACCAGUAGUGGACGCGCAGUACCUCAAGGAAGUCGAGAAGGCUCGUCGGGACCUUCGCGCUCUCAUCUCCGUCAGGAACUGCGCUCCUAUCAUGGUUCGAUUGGCGUGGCAUGAUGCUGGGACAUACAAUGCUGAAACGAAAACCGGUGGCGCUACUGGCUCCAUCAGGAAUGAGCAUGAGCUAAACCAUGGCGCAAAUAGUGGUUUGAAAAUUGCUGUUAAUUUUUGUGAGGAAGUGAAAGCCAAGUAUCAGAAGAUCACAUAUGCUGACCUCUACCAGCUUGCUGGGGUUGUUGCUGUGGAGGUCACUGGUGGCCCUACUAUUGAGUUUGUUCCUGGUAGAAAGGAUUCACUGGAGUCUCCGGAAGAAGGACGGCUUCCGGAUGCCAAACAAGGUGCAUCACAUUUGAAGGACAUCUUUUAUCGCAUGGGUCUGUCUGAUAAAGACAUUGUGGCACUGUCAGGAGCCCACACAUUGGGUAGAGCACAUCCAGAAAGGUCAGGCUUUGAUGGCCCUUGGACGAAUGAGCCUUUGAAGUUCGACAAUUCAUACUUUGUUGAGCUACUUAAGGGGGAAUCAGAGGGGCUGUUGAAACUUCCCACAGACAAGGCUUUAUUGGACGAUCCUGAGUUCCGCCGCUAUGUUGAGCUUUAUGCAAAGGAUGAGGAUGCAUUCUUCAAAGACUACGCAGUGUCACACAAGAAACUAUCAGAGCUAGGCUUUACUCCAUCGUCCAGUGUCAAGGAAGCUGUAAAGACAAGUACUUUGGUGGCACAAAGUGCUGUGGGAGUUGCCGUUGCUGCAGCUGUUGUGAUCCUGAGUUACUUAUACGAAGUUCGUAAAAAAGUCUAG